AGUGUGUUUUCGUCCUCUCGGGAGCUUGUUAGGGCCCAAGUCAACAUUUCAUAGCAGAACGACUCUGGAAUAACUCUAUCUGUGGAAAGUUCCUCCUUCUCAGUCUCUCGCGGCCCCUGGUUAAUUUGGCCCUGAGCCUUGGAACAUGCCAAUUCAUCGGCACAUCAAAAAUGUGGUCCACAACUAUACGGACGCGGAAAGGAAGGUUCGGGAGGCUACGUCCAAUGAUCCUUGGGGCCCGAGCAGUACGCUGAUGGCGGAAAUCGCUGACAAGACGCACAAUGUAAUGGCAUUCACAGAAAUAAUGCAAAUGAUUUGGCGACGACUGAACGACAAAAGCAAAAACUGGCGUCAUGUGUAUAAGGCAUUGGUGCUUUUGGAGUAUAUAAUCAAAACAGGAAGCGAUAAAGUUGCAACGCAAUGUAGAGAAAAUAUUCAUUCAAUUGAGACUCUGCAAGAUUUCGAAUAUUUCGAAGACGGUAAGGACCACGGCCAUAACGUUCGGGCCAAGGCUCGUCUGCUUAGUGGUUUGCUCAGGGACGAGGAACGGCUGCAUGAAGAACGUACUAAGGCCUUGCUUGCUCGUGAUCGCCUGAUGCAUGGUGGACUCGGAACCACCACAACCCCGGCUACCGGGUCCCUUUUCGGUUCAACCCUGGGCACUCGAGGAGGCUCGUUUCCAUCCUCCACGUAUCCCAAGGCGGCCUAUCUUGAGGAGCGAUCACCCGUACCAAUACAUUCAAAACCCCUGUAUGCAUCCAGUACAAAUGAAUUAGACUCUGUGAUGCCCCAGUCAAUUGGUGAGGAGCAGCUGCAACUUCAGCUGGCUAUUGCUAUCAGCAAGGAGGAACACGAACGUGAGGAACGACGCCGUCGCACUGAGGAAGCGAAGGAAGAAGCCAAGGUGCAAAUGGUCCUGGAGCAAAGUAGGCGAGAAGAGCAGGGUUUAGAUCGACGACAGUCACAGGUGACGGUGAGUAACAACAAUGCCGCUUCAACUUCUGUGACUUCAACUUCCACGCCUGGAGGUGGGCUGUUCAGUUUGGUCGACACGUCUUUGUCUGCUGCACCAGCACACGUUCCUGACCCAUGGUCUUCUCCACUUGGGGCCCUAGAGUCCUCCACGUCUAGCGCAGUUCCAACCACAACUCCCACUGUUACGUCCUCAGCACUGCCCGUUCAACAGAGCCUCCCUCCGUUCUCGAGUGACCCUUCCGCUACCGUGAGCAGCUCUAUACCGAUCGAAGAUCCAUGGAGCAGCACCGCUCCCAAUACACAGCCUCCCCAGUCUAACUCUGCCUGGUCGGUCGAAAUCCCUGCGUCAUCAACUGCCAUUCCAACGGUCAGUGCGGAUCCGUUCGACUUCCUUGGUAACCAUAAGCCAGUUGCGAGCACAUCCACAAAUGGCGUUCACCCCCCGUCGGGCGUUGACAAUAGCUUGAAGGAAAACGAGGCACGACGUCGCACUCCAGCCGAUUUCUUAGGUGAACACCAAGGUUUAGUAGAUCUAGAGAAGCUUAUUGAGGUCAACCCAACUUCCACCAAUCCGUUUGCCACUGGACUUCGACCACUCACCAGCGGACCUUCAGCCAAUCCGUUUUUGGCCAAUCAACCUGUGAAGCCAUCUUUGAAUCAGAUGGCUCCGGCGCUUGCACUAACCGGUCCGAGGGAUCCACCUGUUGUUGCUACAGACCCGCGGUUCGGUGUAGGAGAAUUGAUGCAGUUAACUAGGCAUUUCGCGGAUUGUGAAACAACCGAUAUCGUUACAAGUAACAUCGUCGCACAGCCGUUUCAAGAUCCUGCUUUCAAGGUGCACGCAUUCCCAGUCACUACUUCAUCUAACAAUGGAAAUAGCACAGAACCUGCCCGAAAACGUGUCAAACCCGACGAUCUGACGCCUUCUACAACGACGUAUGCGUAUUACUUUCAGACUUAUCAACCGAGUCGCAAGGUUGACAGGGAGAAAUGUGCGACGCUCGGAGUUCCGAGAUCCGUUUAUGAAUCGCCUUUAGUACGCGAUCUACUUGAUGGGAAGAGUAUCACCUUAGACAACGGUAUCGUACUCCAACCGGAUGAAGUGACGUCGCCGGCUCCAUUCACUCCUAAUUUUCUAGUUCUCGACUGCCCAACAGAGGACUUUAUCCCAGCAUUGAGUGAGAACGAGGCCCUAUUAUCCACCUUAGGACAUAAACCCGAAGACGAACCCGCACUCUACCCUGGCCUCUCCUUCAUUGUUCACAUUGUUCCACAAGGCAUGUUCUCCUCGGAGGUCUAUCAGAAAUUUGUCCAAAAACUCACCAAAGUGGCCACUGAGAGCUUCCGUCCUGACGAACUACCUGCGUGUCAACUGCCCAGUUCUCAGCAGGCCACGCACUCUAUUCACCAUCUGGUACUUGACGGCAGUGGUUGCAUUCCACCGCUUUCAGGUCUCUACUCACAGUCAACCAUUCUGCAUCAUUUCUUCGAUCGCGACGUCUACCCACUUUUGUACGACUGUCGAUUACCUCACCGUCUUCAGGAAAUUCAUAGUGCGAUGUCCCAGACACCUGAUCCUAACGCCUCCGUUGUAUAUGGACAACCACGGCUACAGUACAGAAUACGCCCGUGGGCUGGAUUUACAAAUCUUCCGUAUGAAACUCUGGAUUCGGAGCGUUUAUUGGAUGAGACCUUUGAUCCUCUCUACGUCACUCGUGAAGAAGCUGAAAUACGGUUUUCCGAGAUGCUGAAUUCAAUUCCCGUGGACCUGCUACCCAAAGAGCGACAUUCAUCCACCAAUCAUGGAUCUGGCGGUGACGCACCAGGUAUUCUUCCGUAUGAAACUCUGGAUUCGGAGCGUUUAUUGAAUGAGACCUUUGAUCCUCUCUACGUCACUCGUGAAGAAGCUGAAAUACGGUUUUCCGAGAUGCUGAAUUCAAUUCCCGUGGACCUGCUACCCAAAGAGCGACAUUCAUCCACUAAUCAUGGAUCUGGCGGUGACGCACCAGCAACUUCAGUAGAGGAUGCCUAUCCGGAAAUCACAUUCUUGGGUACAGCAUCCUCAUCUCCAAACAAAUACCGUAAUAUCAGCUGCAUUCUCGUACAGCUCAACACUCUACACUUCCCACUCACUGUUGUCAUUUCAGCAACUUCAGUAGAGGAUGCCUAUCCGGAAAUCACAUUCUUGGGUACAGCAUCCUCAUCUCCAAACAAAUACCGUAAUAUCAGCUGCAUUCUCGUACAGCUCAACCCGGACGACUACAUCAUGUUGGACUGCGGUGAGGGCAGCUUGAAUCAGCUUUGCGCGCUGCACGGUGCCGAUGGAGCUGCAAAUAUCUUGCGACGACUGCGGCUCAUUUUGAUCACACAUAUGCAUGCCGAUCACCACGGGGGUGUCUUCACAGUUGCUCUGGCUCGAUCUCGUGCCCUCCAGUCGGAGAAUCUCCCUAACCUAGACGUUGGUCGCCCCACUUUACCAAUUCUGGCCCCUGCGGCGUUCGCUCGUUGGAUGACUAGUUUCGGCGAACUUUUCCCACACGGCCCUACGAUCUCCCUGUACAUUAUUCCCCGUCUGUACGAGUCUUGCCCGCCCGAUUUAAGGCCGCCCAUUUGUCCACUCCGAGCAGACGGCCCCUAUGUGGCUGAAUGGACCUCUCUACUUGAAAGUUUGAAACUAGAGGUCUAUCCAAUCAAAGUUCCCCACACUAAUACUUCGUGGGCUUACAAACUUUGUGGCCAACGCUUUGGUUCUGUGGACAAUGAGCAUACUGAUACUGAAAAACAACACCAUCCUCUUAAAUGGAGUCUCGUCUAUUCGGGUGACACACCCGAAUGUCCUGAAUUAGCCGAGGCAGGUCGUCCGUGUGAUCUGCUCAUUCAUGAAGCCACAAUGAUUGAUGAACAUCAAGACUUAGCGGAUAAAACAAAACACAGCACCUUUAGUACUGCCAUUCGAAUAGGCAAGGAAAUGGAAGCUGCGGCGAUCAUGCUCACUCACUUCAGUCAACGUUAUGGACGAUUGCCGUCGAUUGACGAAUUUCGACCCAACGUCGCCGUUGCAUUCGACUUCUUGAAGUUCAGAUUCAGUGAUUUGCCACGGCUAUCGUACUAUGUGCCCUAUUAUAAGUAUGCCUUCGGGAAGCAUUGGGAUACAAUACAGGCUAAGACAGAAGCCUACUCGUGGCGCAAGAUCCGCCAGUCACAACAACAGAAUCUGGAAGAUGGCACGGUGACGGCAACUUCAAUCGACGCGGAAGGGCAACGAGGACCAGAUAAAAAGGAGUCGAAGUUAACGUUCGACCUGGAAACAGACAGGGGAGGAUGGCCGGAUGGUGUAUUGGGUAUGAGGCAGUUUGUAUAUGAAUUUGGUUGGGAAUUUUGGAUAGUCCGUAUGGGAUCAAGUGAAGAAUAUGGCGGUGACUCGUUGUCAGUUGGGACUUCGAUAAGAUCAAAAUCUGCUGGAUCUACGGGAAAAUGUGAAGCUGACAACUCUUGUCCCGAAGCGUCCCAUCUGAAACCACCCAUUGGGACAUCGUAA